AUGAAUGAUUCAAAUAAUAGUUUUAUUUAAAGAAGUUGUUUUAAUGAAGAAAAAGAUGAUCCUUUUGUUAAAAUUGUGUUUGUAAAAGGGAUUGAUUAAUUAUAAGGAGAAAAUAGCAGUACAUUGAGAUCAAUAACUUUGAACUCUUCUCAUAAUUCAAGUUAAAGCUGCUAAAAUAAUUUAGAUAAGAUCUCUGCAUCAGUUAACUCAAGCCGAUUUAUAUAAACUACCUAAAACGAAUAGAAUGCUGAAUAAACUUAGCUAACUAAGAUCUAUGUGAAUAAAGAAGCAAAAUUAGAUGAAGAUUAGCAAAUAGAAUUAAGUUAAUGUGACAAAUAAUCUCUUGAAGAAGCUGAUGAUACUGAAUAAGAAUAGCAACAGAAGAGAUAAUCAUAGGCUCUUAGUCAAGUAAGUAAGCACAGGAGGAAGCAUAAUAUUUAAUUAUUAGGAGAGGAGUCCAAAAAGAAUUGGAAGAAAAACUGGCUUAAUAUUCUGUAUUAUGUAUCUAAAAUGAAAAGUAUUGCCAAAUUAACAAAAAGACUAUUUAGGCAUGAGCUUCUAACUGCCAAAUAAUUAAAAUUGAUUGGAGAUUAAACAGUGAAUAUAGAAAAAUUAAAAAAAAUGGAAAAAUAUAACUUCUAAAAAAUGAUGUCUUUCUCUAAUUUCAAUAAGAUUUUAAAAUAUAAAACUUAUAAAAAAAUUAAAAUCAAUGUGAAACUCUACUUUUCUAACAUUCCAUCUCUACUUUUAAGCAUAUCUAAUGUCUAUAAUAAGUUUAUAAGCUAUAUACUUAGUCUUAUUCCUAUAUUCAAUUACCUUUCUAAUUUUUACAUAUUUUGGUAGGCGAUAAUCUUUGUUUGCUCUUUCAUCAAUUUUAUCUAUUUGCCUUUUGAAUUUAGCUUUCAAAAUUAAAGAACCAUUUAUCUGUAAUACUAUAUAUCCAUAAUAUGCCCAAUAAUUUUUUCCUUAGACAUCUUUAUCAAAGCAAAUACUCAAACGUUUUAAUAAGGUAACUAGCUUCGAAUACAUAAAUAAAUCUUAAAAGAGUAUCUUACAGGAACUUUUUUUUCAGAUUUAGUAAGUAUUAUAAGUCUUAAUUAAAGCUUAUUUGAACUUAGAGGUUUUUAUUUUCUAUUUUUUCUUAGAUUUUCUCGCUCCUUACUUAUUCUAGACAUAUUUAGAGAAAAGUUUUUUUCUAAAACUUAUAUUUCAGGAAUAAUCUCUUUAAUACUUCUUUUUGCAAGUUCUCUUUUUUUUGCUCAUUUAUUUGCAUGCUUUUGGUAUUAUGUUGGUACUCUUAGUACUUAAGGAUGGAUAAAUUUCUAUCAACUUGAUAAAGCAGAUAUCUAUUCGAAUUACAUUUACAGCUAUUAUUUUAUAAUUGUAACAAUGACAACAAUUGGCUAUGGAGACAUUACUGCUAAAACUACAGAAGAAAGAUUAGUUAUGAUUUUUUUUACUCUUAUAUCUUGUGGAAUUUUUGGAUAUAUAAUUAAUUCAAUAGGUAAUAUUUUAGGUGAUAUAAAGUAGAAAAGUGAUAAGUAUUUAACUGAAUUGGCUAAACUUAACUAAUACUUUAAGAAAUACUAAGUAUCUUUACAGUUGCAAGCGAAUGUUAGGAGAUACUUAUAAUUUACUUACAAAGAAGGUAUUUAAGACAAGCUCUCUGCACUUGAAUCGCUUAAUAAUUUAUCUCAACAUUUGUAAAAUUAAAUAAAAAUGGAUGUAGUUUCAAGAGAGCUUAAAUAGAUUGGUUUCUUAAAGUAAAUUUGUAAGGAGGAGACUUUUUGUUAGCUAUCCUUGUAGGUUCAAGAAAAAAUAUAUCAACCAGAAUAAGUCAUUUUAGAUUAAAAUGAAAUCAAAGAACCAGCAAUUUACAUUAUUAAUUAUGGAAGAGUCUUAAAAAACUCACAGUAUGAUUUAUCAUCUAAGGUGAAUGAUAUUUAUGAACUAAAAGAAAAGUAAUCUUUUGGAGUAAUAGAAUUUUUUAUGAACUUAGAAGCUUCUAAAUUUAAUUAUAAAAGCAAAGAACUAACAUCUAUAUAUUCUUUAAAUCUUUCUGCUUUUUUAAAAGUAAUUAAGUAAGAUAGUGAAAUAUAUGAAAAAUUUUGCUUCUUAAGGGAUUAAAUAGUAUAUUAAAAGUCUCUGCAUCUAGUAAAACAUUUUUGUGAAUCUUGUAGAUCUCUAAAUCAUAAUCUUAAAGAAUGUCCUUGCAUCUUUUAUAAAUCAAGAAAACUAACAAUAAUUAAAAGAUACUAAUAAAACAUAAAAGAAACUUUAAGAUUAACAACUCGUAAAAAAAAACUAAAGGAAAAUUCGUUAAUGCUAAACAAAUAAUUUGUAUCUUAAAUAAUUCUUUUUUAGUAAGAUAAUAUUAACCAGCUAUCGCUUUAUGAUAAUUCUUUAUCUUCUAUUGAAGAUUAACAUCUUUUUAGCUCCUAAAAAUUACAUUUUAGUAAUACUAUAAAUAGUAACUAAAAAAAUAAUAGAGAAGAUAUUGAAUUUAAAACUAGUUAAUUGGUUGAUUAGUUGUAGUUAGAUUAAUAAGAGCAUGAAAAGAUUAUAAUAGAUAUUAAAUCUCCUUUGAUAGUUUAAAGAAAGAAACAAGAACAUGAAAAACUAAUAGGAGAUGAGUAAAUAAAUACAAGAAGCUUUUAAAAAUUAGAGGCUAUAGAAGAAUAAAACGAAAAACAGAAAUUAAAUUAACAGCCUAGUAUCUUAAGAAAUAAUUAUCUUUCGAUUACUUCAAUUUAAGAUAAUUAGUGUAAAAACGAUUAAAUUAGCGUUUUGUAAGGGAUUUAAACUAGUAUAAAAGAUAUCUUUCGAUUUUUAAUAGGUGAAAAUGAAACAAUCAAGUGGUAUAAGAAACAUUAAGUAUAUUAAAAUAUGAAUAGUAGUGCUUUUAAAAAGAUGGAAGCCUAAUUAGUAUCUAACAAAAAUAUUAAAAGUAAUUUUUAGAUAUAGGAUACUAACUAAAAUAACAGAUCAAGUUAUGUUGAUUAACUCAUGACCCAUUAAAAUAAAUAAGAUAUUUAGAAUUUUUGUUAGGAUUUAGAUAGAAUGCAAAAAUAUAAGACAUAUUAUCCAAAGUUUAAUUAUGACAUAGUAAUCGAAAAAUCCAAUUCGAGGUCAUAUAUAUAAAAUAUUCCAUUAAUUUUAAGAUUGAUCAAGUUAAAAAGAAAAACGGUUAAUUUAAAAAAAAGAAGUAAAGUAAUAAAGUAAUAAUGA